AUUGAAAUUGACAUUGAAGGUUCAGAUACAGUAGCAAAAAUCAAAGAACGUGUAGAAGAAAAAGAAGGUAUUCCACCAGCACAACAGCGUCUUAUUUAUGCCGGUAAACAAUUGACCGAUGACAAGACAGCUAAAGAUAGCGGUAUAAUGGCCGGUGAAGUUCUUCAUUUGGUGUUAGCUCUUCGUGGUGGAAAUAAUUGCUGA